AUGUUUCUUUCGGCUGAACACAAGGGAGUAUUUAAAAAGAGACCUGUAGGCGAAACAUGGCGAAAUUGUUACACUGAAGAGUGCACUCUUCCAUCAUCUCUCUGCGCAGGUCACGACGCCUCCAUUCGUCUCUGGGACGUAGAGACACGAACCUGUGUGCAGGAGUUCACCAGCCACCGAAGGAAGCACGACGAAUCAAUCCACUCGGUGGCCUUUCACCCUACGCUGCCGCUCAUCGCCAGUGCAGGCGCAGACGGGCUUGUGAAGAAUGAAAGUAAAGGAGAUUCGCGGGGCCUACUGAUGGUAUGUUGCCUUGGCAGUGCUUCAUUGUUUGCUGGAGUCUUCUGGUCUAUGCGAUCGAUCAAAAAGGAGGCAGCAGAGUCUCGGCUUCCAGUGAAACAAAAUGGCGCAAAAUCUCUGAUAAGUCCCUCUAGACUUGCACUGAGAGCCCUCCUGGCAGGCACGGUGUUGAGUUUUGCGAUUACUGGCGGUCUGGCGGGCGGCGUGUGGCUGAUUCUCGGUAGACCCUCCCUUCAAUCGUUAAGCUCGGAGCUCGACUCUCGCAUUCCCAAACUCAAGCCAUUGUCGACUGAAGAAACCUCACGCACCGAUUUCAUGUCCUUCAGGGAGCUCUUCACAUACAUUCAGGAUGAGGGUGGUGCAAAUAAAGUAGAAUAA